AUGGCUACAGAUUCUGAUUCAUCAGGCCCCAAUUCACUUCGCGAUGUCGAAAAGCUUAGUUUAAGCGACACUUCACCUGUCUCACCGGCCCCUGAGAAACAGAGGCAUAUCACUGGCUUCAGAAAAAUCGUCAAUCAAUUCAACGCCGUUGAAGACCUGCCAUGGCUCUCGGUAGGAUUUGUGAUCGGAGGCAUGGCAAUGAUUUUGCCAUUUGGAAAACCAUACGUGCUUUUCGAUGCCAAGUGGGUAUUCAUUGUCUGCACCAUCAUGUUCAUGGCAGGCUCUGCGAUUUGUGGUGGUGCACCCAAUGUCAAUGCUGAGAUUGUCGGGUGUGUCAUGGCCGGUGAAGGUGAAAAUGGCAUGUACUUUGGUCUGAUGGCAUUGAUAUCGAUGAAUACAACCACUAAAGAGCGACCAAAGUAUCUGAGUCUCAGGCAAGUCCACUUUUACCAAGCUGAUGAGCAGAUGCGAGUGCUGACAAUAUAA